CUUUUCACCACCAUUAACACUCUGCUGUGCUUGAUAAUUCAUAUUCCAAUUGGGUGAUGGCGGCUUAUGGUGCUGCCGUUUCUCUCAAGAACACGAUUCAGGAUAUUCUACAAUCGUCUCGCAUUUCGCUGGUUCCCCCUUCUCCACAAAUCUUACAGUCGGGAUAUGAGGCCAUGGUUAGCUUGCAGAAAGUCAUGCUAAAAUUGGAUGAGACGAGCUGCAGCAAGAUCAGGACGAAGGUGAAUGCUUUGGAUGAACGAAUCAAAGAGGUCGUAUGGGAAUUCGAAGAUUUGCUAGAGUCCCAUUACACCGAUCAGAUUCUUCCACAGCUCGAAAGUGAGAGUGAUCACUUGCCUUUCUCUGUAGAUAUGCAGAGUCUGCGGCAGAGUGUUGAUUUCUUCAUCGAGAGGGUGACAGAGAUGGAAGCAGAGUACGAUAUGGAGCUGCUGAAUAUGCCUGAAGAAGAAGGUGAACCUCUUUCCUCUAGAAUUGAUUUUCGUGGAAUCAACUCAUAUAUGGUUGGAUCGUCCGAAAAAUUUGAACUCAUCAAGGAUUAUCUUCUUUCAAAAGGGGAAGAUGAUGAUGAAUAUGAAGCUGAACGGAAUAGUUUGUUAGUUACUGGGAUGGCAGGGGUUGGAAAGACCACUCUUGUUAAGAGAGUAUUUGUGGAUCCAUUGAUUCAGACACAUUUCGAGCUUCGAGCAUGGGUCAAAGUGGGCAGAAAAUGUGAAUUCAAGGAAACUAUACGAUGCAUUCUAGCUCAGGUAGAUCCGAGCACUCACCACCAAAUGCUUACCCAGAGAGACGAUGAUGACAACGAGAAAUUAAUUGGACUCUUGACAGAUAGGCUCAAGGAUAAGAAAUGUCUCAUUGUGUUAGAUGAUGUAUGGGAAUGGGACACACGAUUAAUGGGUAGCUUGCGAAUAAAGAAUGUCCAAGUUUUGCUUACAAGCAGGCUAAGAAUUGGAAAUUCUCCAAUUGAGCAUGUAUUAAGCUUGUUGAAUAAAGAAGAUAGUAUGGAAUUACUUGGUAAGAAGGUGUUCGAUGAAAACGGUUUUCCUCCUUACCUUAAGGAAAUGGGAAAGAAGAUUGCAGAAAAAUGUGAAGGUCUUCCACUUAUGAUAGUUACAGUUGCAGAUCUCCUAAGAAAGGCAAACAAGAGUACCCGAGAAGAGCUUGACAAAAGUAUCCAAAAUUACUGGACCGAAGUAGCAAAUAAACAACAUAAUUCAGUCUUUGUGGAUGCAUAUAAUCAAAUAUCAGAGGUAUUUUUCCCAAGCUAUGACUACUUACCUCAAAGUUUCAAAAUGAUUUUUCUCUAUUUGGGAGCUUUCCCCCCAUAUAGGAAUAUUAAUCCAUAUUAUCUCAAGUGGUAUGUAAGUGCUGAGGGGUUUUAUGAACAAAUUGGAAUACCAAUUUUGGAUAAGGAUAUCUCUGAAGAGACUGUGGAAUACUUUUUGACCAUUCUCGUGGGAGUGCUUGCUGAUUGGUAUCAUCUUCUUCUAUUCGAUUAUAAUCUAUUAUCUUGGUUUUCAAAUAGAGAAUGUCGUGUUCAUUCUUGCUGGCAAUACUUGUGUAAGAAAGAAGCUAGUAAAAUCAAGUUUUUGCAUGUUUUACAUAGUUACGAUGAAGUUGUAAAAGACCAACGUCGGUUGUCUACUCAUUCCAACCCUUUAUUUGCCAUCAAACAAGUGUAUGAUUCAAUCAAAAGUGAUUGUUCAUCCACUGUCCGAUCUCUCCUUUUUUAUGGUCCAGUCCACCCUUAUCCAGUGCCAAUACAUGCCAUGGAUUUCAAGUUGCUCAGGGUACUAAAUGCUACUAGGGUCCGAUCUUAUCAUAUCCCACCUGAAAUUCUAAAACUAGUAUGUCUAAAGUAUCUUGGUCUAGCGUGCAACGAAGAGCUCCCUGUAUCUAUAUCCAACCUUAUACACCUUCAAUUCUUGAUAAUCAUUUCAUAUGUGAAAAUUAUAAAGCGUGGAGCUCAGCCAUAUAUGCCAAUGGAAAUAUGGGACAUGCAAAACCUAAAAUUUCUUCAAGUCGGAGCAGGAGACCUACCAACCCCGAAUUCUGAUUCUAAUGCUAUUUUGUAUAAAGUCUCUUCUAUUUUAGGCGUGAGUACAAAGAGUUGCACUGUACAAAUUCUUAAAAGGAUCCCGAAUUUAAGCUUUCUAUCCCUUGUUAGCAUUGGGAAGCCUUAUGAUGAAGAUGAUGAUAGCAACUCAUUGAGUGGCUUGGCUAAUAUCUCAGAGGAACUCCAGAAUUUGGCAUUUCUUGAAUAUAAUGUACUUUACCCAGAUAUGAAGUGUACAGCUAUGGUUCCUCUUUCAAUGUUCCCAUCAUGCCUUCGAACAUUGGCUUUGAGUGGUUUAGGGCAUCCUUGGCACUACAUGAACGACAUUGGUUCGAUGCUACCAAAUCUUACUACCGUCAUACUACAAGCUUAUGCCUUUCGAGGCCCAACAUGGGAUAUAGAAUCAAGUUGUUUUACCAUACUUGAGUCACUUGUAAUUGAAGACACUGAUUUGGUGGAAUGGAGAGCUCAACAGGGAAGCCUCCCAAGGCUUAAGCACCUAAGCCUACGAUAUUGCUACAAAUUAAAACAUCUCCAUUUGAUUCGUGAUUCCUCAAUGUUCACAACUGCACUUGAAUUAGUAGACUGCAAUCCCUUGGUCUACAAAGCUGCUGCGAAAUUACCAGAAUCUCUCUUUGCAAUUCGUAGCCACCAGUCUUAUUUGUGAUGAGAAGUCGCAACCGAACUCUCUAUUUGGUUAACAGGCAAAUAAGAGAACAAAAUGGGUGGUCAGAUGUCGCAUUAACCCAUCGUUUCAAGUGUAUUAUCAUGUUGUUUACUGAAUUCAAGAUAGUGAUUGUUGGAUUUUGUUGAGAAUUAUGAAACCUAGAAUGUUGAAUUAUGUUUGUAAUCAGUUAAAUUUCUGUUAGAACAUUACAUGCUGCUUUCUUCCCUAGUACUCUCUCCGCAAUAGAUGGUUAGCUUCCAAUCUCUCCUUUGAGAACUGCAAACGGUAUCUUGUCAGCUUGCAGCUAUGGUGGUUUCGUAGAGGAAUGAAUGAAUAGGAUGGUUCAUUAAAAUGGGAGGGAAGCCAUUAUCUUUUCCGAAUUUGCUCCAUGGUUUCAAGGGUAUCAUCUCUCUUUAUCGUUGUUCUAAGUUUGAUUAGGUUAGUGUAAGAACUUUGUGUUACUCCAAACAUGUAGGUGAACAAAUUUGUGAUUUAUCCUAUGUUCGUUUCUGUCU